UUCGUGAGUGUGGUUUGCUUUUCUUUUUUCGGAUUCCAGCAAGAAGCGCUCUCGCUUUUUCUCGCGUUUCACCUCAGAUGCCCUCUGGGCUUCGCUGUUCGCCCGCCACAGCGAGACAAGACGACAGGUGCCGCAAGUUCUUUUCCUCGUUUUUCGUCUGCACUUUUGCGAAAAACAAAGGCGCAUCCCAUGUCUCUUGUUUUUUAACUUGUCCUGUUGUUUGACUUCAAGUUUACCUCUCCAUUGUCCUGCCUCUGUGUCUUUUUUUUCCUUGGAUCCUCUCGUCGACGACAGAGUUCUCCUCUCCAGUUGCGAGCGCUUUGUUUGCUUUCGCCGCACUCGCAAGCGAGUUCGUCUUCUUUCCUCGCUGCUUUUCUCCCUGUCCUGUCUCCUUCUUUGUGUUUCCUCUCGACAUACUUGCGACUUUCCUCCUCUCUCUCUUUGCCUUGUCCUCCCGUGCCUUUUCUCUCGGUGUCUCAGGUCUUGCCAGAUCGUCAAGUGUAUCGAUGCGCGUUUCACAAGUCGCAGGCCGCAAAGAUCGUCGCGGCGCUCGCAACACAGGCAACAUCACCUUCCCUCAAACUUCUGGGAUCCCUCAACACCGAGGCUCCACAGCCGAAACAACUCUCGUCGCGUCCUUGCUUCUCGGAGACUCACGAGCGCAGUGUUCCUCGGCGAGGAAAGAAGAGCGCUCACGCAGGCAGACGCCCGCGGACCUUCCCCGUUUUUUUUUUCACUGAGGACACUGUCUCCAGUUGACGCCCUAGCUGUCUCUUCGCAGUCGCGACCGUGAAGCAGAAUUUUCGACUCUCUCUCCCUGCACUCUUUUCUGGAGGUGAAACGCAGGGGCAAACAACCGGAGAUUUCCACCUGCUCUUCUCUUGAACGAGGACGAACUCCGAGAGCUUCAGGGUGGAGUAAACACAGAUUUGCUUUAUGGGCCGGGGAGAGAGAGAGAAGGCGAAUGCGUCUCUUUCACGGAAGCGUCUGAAGAGAGACGACGGGAGCGGGGAAAACAAAAACAUCUGGACAUGCAAGAGGACCAACAAACUGCACGACGGCCAGACUCCUGGUCGCAUCGUUUUCUCGUCCUCCUGACGCGCCUCAAUCUGCAGGGGAGCGCUGUACAUACAUCCGAGAAGGCGGAAUGAAAAUGCUUAAGCGCAGGACUCCCAGUGCUUGAAAACAGGAAUACUCGCAACAGGCGAUAUGGAGUUCUAAGCCGCGGAGAUUCGCCUUUCCCUCUCCCGCCGUUAUUGGGAUUUGUUUUCUUCCAGCUACGCUCUCCCCUUCGCGUCUCCAUUUCUCUGACGUUUCUCUUUGUCUUCUCGCGCCCUCUCUGCGGUCUCCCUCGAAACGUUCCUUCCUUCUUUUUUCUCUCCUCCCUGUCCGCUCUCUUCUGCUUCUUCUCUUUUCUUCUCUGACCCGUUCGCCUCUGCGUUUCGCGUCUCUUCCCGUCCGUUCUCUUCAUUUUCAGUCUCCUUUAUGAGCGCUUAUUCGCGUCGCUCCCCGGAACGGCCGGUGGACUACUGCCUCUUGUCUUCUCUGAACGACGCGCCUGCAUCUUCGUCUUCUUCUUCUUCACUGGUCUCAGCUUCUCCGCCUCCUUCUCUUUCCUCCGUCCCCCCUGGGUUCUCCGCCUCGGUUGCGUUCCGGUCUCUCGGGAGGCGGAGGGAAGCCGGGAGGGCAGCGCAGAACUCGGAGCCUUCUGGAAAGCGCGAGAGAAGCCGUGGGCGGACGCUGCGUUGUGAGCAUGGCGCACUGCGUGCAGCCGAAGAAAAACGACGCGCGCGACUUUCGGAGGAUGAAACUGCUCGGCUGAACGCAGAGGAAAACGCCAUGGACUGGGACGUCCCGCCCCCCGCGUCCAGCGCCGACUACCAGGCAGCCGCUGAGGAUGCGCCAGUCCUCACUCUGGGGUCUCGAAGAGGCACCUGCGCGCAAGAUGGCAACUGCCUGCAGCGCGUCUGCGCAUGGCUCGCACACGCAUGCUGCGGAGUGCAGCCUCAGUACCAGGAACGACUUCUCUACCUCGACGGCCGAACCGUUCCUCAGUACUUCCCGAGCAACGCGAUCAAGAACACCAAGUACAACGUCUUCACUUUCCUGCCGAUGGUCUUGAUGCAGCAGUUCAAAUUUUUCUUCAAUCUGUUCUACCUGGCGGUCGCCUUGGCGCAGCUCCUGCCGCUUCUACAAGUCGGACCUCUCUUCACUUACCUUGCGCCUCUCGCCUUUGUCCUGUUCGUCACCCUGGCGAAGGAAGCCUACGACGACUACAAACGAUACGUCCGCGACCGCGAGAUGAAUGAACAGGGCUACAAACGCCUGACCCCAGAAGGAACGAAAGACGUGAUGGCGGCGAAGAUCGAAGUGGGCGACAUCAUCCAAAUUGAGGCGAAUCAGCGCGUCCCUGCAGACGUCGUUUUCCUUCGAACUACGGAUAAGUCCGGGAGCUGUUUCAUUCGCACUGACCAACUCGACGGAGAGACCGACUGGAAGCUGAGAAGAGCUGUGCACUGCACUCAGCGUCUGAGUUCGCCGGGGGACUUGUGCCGAGCGACAGGCUGGUGUCAUGUGGAAGCCCCGCGGCAGGACAUCGACGAAUUCACAGGAAAAUUCGUUCUGACUCGCGCGCCCUCUCCAGCGCCUCCAGCGCCUCCCCUCGCCAGCUUCGGAGCGGACGGGGACUGCGGCUGCGAGAGCCGGCUCGAGGCGGGGGAGCUGGACGGCGACAGACAGACCGAGGGGGAGAAGAAGAACUGCGAGGAGGAACAACUGAUGGUUUCGGCGCAUGGCGGGAGAACAACUCGAGACGGAGAGCAGCCGAUCGUCGAAGGCUUGACCCUCGACAACGUUCUCUGGGCCAACACGGUUGUCGCCUCCGGCUCUGUCCUCGGCCUCGCGAUCUACACCGGCAAAGAGACGCGGGCGACAAUGAAUGCUUCGCAGGCGACGAUGAAGGUCGGGCAGUUCGACCUGGAAGUGAAUUUGAUGAGCAAAGUUCUCUUUGGAAUUCUCGCGUUGCUGGCGUUCGUCCUCGUCGCUCUGCGUCGCCUUGAGGGCAUCUGGCCUAUCUACUUUCUGCGAUUUGUUCUUCUGCUUUCCUCGAUCAUUCCGGUCUCCCUCCAAGUGAAUCUCGUCAUGGCGAAGACCCUCUACAGCAUCUUCAUCAUGCGCGACAGAAGAAUGAAAGACACUGUGGUGAGGACCUCGACGCUGCCGGAAGAGUUAGGGAGGAUCGACUUCCUCUUCAGCGACAAGACAGGGACGCUGACUCGGAACGAGAUGCACUUCAAGCGCCUGCACAUCGGCCGCGCGAUGUUCGCGGAAGAUGGCCUCACCGAACUCCGCAUCUUCCUCGAGAGCUACUUCCUUCGCUCGCAUCCUGUCUCGCCUGCGAACGCCGACCAGCCCAGUUGGAGAGACAGAGAGCGAGCAAGAACGGGAGAGAGAGAACGCGGACGAGAACUGGGUGGGCGACGCGGAGAAGUUGUGCAUGCAGCAGUCGAGGCGAUUCGUGCUCUCAGUCUCUGCCACAACGUCACCCCCGUGAAAGACGAGGACAGUCAGAUCACCUUCCAAGCUGCGUCGCCGGACGAAGUCGCCCUCGUGACGUUCGCUCGAGAUAUAGGAGUCAAACUUGUUCACCGCGACGAGCACUGCAUCCGCCUCGAGGUGCCUGGCGGCGCUGCCCUCGAGUACUCGGUCUUGACUACGUUUCCGUUUAGCUCUGAAACGAAGCGGAUGGGGAUUAUUUUGAGAGAGGCUUCUUCGCAGAAAAUUUUCUUUCUGGUCAAGGGCGCAGAGGCCGUGAUGAUUCCGCGGCUGCAGCCGAAGGGAUCUCACUGGCUGCAAGAGGAAUGCGACAACUUCGCGCGCCAGGGUCUGCGGACGAUCGUGCUCGCGCAGAAGGAACUUUCGGAGGCAGAGUACGACCUCUUCGCCACCCGAUAUGCAGCUGCCCGCGCUGCGAUGACCGACCGGCAUUCGAAGUGCAGGCGGGAGAUCGAGAGACUCGAAGAAGACCUCAGACUCCUCGGCCUCACGGGCGUCGAGGACAAGCUCCAGAAUGAUGUCCCAGCGACGCUCGAGGCCUUGCGGCACGCGGGAGUGAAAGUUUGGAUGCUCACAGGAGACAAAGUGGAGACCGCGACUUGCAUCGCUGUUUCUGCAGGCCUCAAAGCUCGCCAGCACUCACUCACGAUUCUUUCCAGUCAAAGCAUUCGAACGCCUUCUCAGACGCAGGAGGCUCUGGAGCGAUUCGCAAUGGGUCCGAGCGAGAGCGUCCUCGUUGUCGACGGCCGCGUCCUUGGGGCAGCUCUGCAGCAUUUUCCUCACUACUUCGUUCGCGUCGCAGCGCAGGCGCCGGCCGUCGUCUGCUGUCGCUGCUCGCCGACGCAAAAGGCUGACGUCGUUCGCUUCGUGAAAAAGUUCACUGGACGCAGAGCCUGCGCAGUCGGCGACGGCGGCAACGACGUCUCGAUGAUUCAGGCCGCCGACGUAGGCAUUGGAAUCGUCGGAAAAGAAGGCCGCCAGGCGUCGCUGGCUGCGGACUUCAGCAUCACGCAGUUUUCUCACCUGCGGCGGCUGCUUCUCUGGCAUGGCAGAAAUGCCUACCAACGCAGUGCGAAGUUGGCGCAAUUUGUCAUCCACCGAGGCCUGAUCAUCGCCUUCAUCCAAGUGAUCUUCUCGGCCAUCUUCUACUUCAUUCCGCUUGCGAUUUUCCAGGGGUGGCUGCAAGUGGGGUACGCGACUUACUACACGAUGGCGCCGGUUUUCUCGCUCGUUCUGGACGAGGAAUUGCCCGAAGACGUCGUUUUCAUGUUCCCCGAACUGUAUCAAACGCUGAAGAACGGCCGCGUCUUGAGCGUGAAAACAUUCUUUGGCUGGGUGUGGAAAUCCAUUUACCAGGCCGCGGUGGUCAUGAUGGGCGCCGUCGCGCUGUUCGAAAACUCCUUCACGAACGUCGUCAGCAUCACCUUCACGGCGCUCAUUCUCGCCGAGCUUCUGAACGUCGCCUCGGAGAUUCAGACCUGGCACCCGCUGAUGAUCGCCUCGGAGAUCUGCACCGUCGUGAUCUACAUUUUCUCCAUGUUCAUCUUGCGAAGCUACUUCGACAUCACGUUCAUCAUGACGCUCACGUUCUGGGCGAAAGUGACGGCCGUCACCCUCGUCUCCUGGGUGCCGAUACAGAUUUUCAAGGCUGUGAAGAAGACCCUCCAGCCGCCUCAGCAUGCGAAGCUCGCGUCGCCGUGAGCACGCAGAGCGCCGAGGAGCGCAGAACGAAGAAGAACCGAGAAAACAGGAGAACGAAGGGAGAGAAAAGGACACAGGGACAAGAGAAGAAGAAGAGCUCGACAGGGAGACAAAGGAUGGUUCAGUGGGGAUGUGACAGCGAGUGGAGUUCGAGAGGAAAGGAGCCUUGUUUUCUUCGUAGCGUCUGCUUUUCGUUUGCGCCUCGCGUUCUCCUCCGUCGACUUCCGUUCUCUGUCGGUCACUGUGUAAUGGCGAGACAAGGCAGAAACAUCGGAGACUUCUGCUUUGCUCCGCAGCGUCUGUCUGACGCCUGCAGAAAGCGAUGCUCGUCAUUCGCCAUCGAGUUGCUUCUCUGUUUCUGUAUUUCCUUGUGGUUCUCUGGACGCGAGACCUUCGUUUUACCGCCGUUCGUUUCCAGAACGACGCCUCCUUUCACAGGAACCCAGUCGCUCCCGUGUCUGGGCACUCGAGAAGAACGCGAUGCAUGCACCGAAGUCUCCGAGACCAUCGGGUAUCUCGUCGUCUGUCACAGACCUCCUGAGUCUUCUUAAACUUUGUCAAAUGGUAGAAAACAGACAGUUGCACAUAUCCAUAUCUAUCAAUAUAUAUGUAUCUCUCUCUCUAUAUAUAUAUAUAUAUAUAUAUAUACCUAACAGUAUCCAUAUCUUUCUGUCGUCUCUUUAUUCACCUGUCUGUCGACUCAUCUAUACAUAUACAUAAAUAUGUAUAUAAAUAGUCUUUCUCCGUCGAUUUGUCUGUAUUUGAAUGCCUUGGUUUAAUGCCGCACAGAGCGAAACGACGCUUUUCGUUAUUUGUCGGGAAGGAAACAUUUGAGGUAGCGUUCUGGCGCCCCAUACAAACUCGCCGGUCACCCUGCCUGGGCUGUACCGACGCCCCAGCGGCGCGGCGGAGCACACAACUUUUCGAGAAGUUCUUCCGCGUUUUGAAGUUUUCUUUCUGGUCGACUCCGGUUCAUCUCCCGCGUAACGAGUGCCUGCAUUGUGUCUUCUGUGAAGCCAGCAGUACAUGUCUGCAUGUCUGCAUGAAGAUGGAUGUCCUCACAACUCAGGAGAAAGACUCAGAUAGAGGUAUCGGUGUCCUCUGUGAAACCGCG